GUCGAUGUAUAUGCGCAAUGUUUUGGUUAAAAAUUGUUUUUCAGAGGUACCAUUUUCACUCCUAAACUUGUUAAUGUUGUCUAGAGUUAUUUUUUUCCUUCAGCUUUCUUAUCUUAUCUUCUUUUUGUAGUUCAGUGCUCCGCCGAGGUUCCUUGUGUAUCCAUGUUACCUUUGCUUCGAAAACAUUCAAAUCACAUAUCGGUUGGAUAUCGACGCUCGCACGUGGGUGCCAAUAUGGAUCAUCAUAUUGAUACUCUCAACACAUUGUUUAACCAAGCAGUAAACUCAGUCAGGCCGAAGGCACUAUUUGAAACAUAUCUUAGGGGAGAUUCAAUCAACAAUCAGCUUCAUAUUCCGAAUAAACGCUAUCAUGUAAUUGGCUUUGGCAAAGCGGUACUCGGAAUGGCGGUUCAAAUUGAACGCAUACUCGGCGAUAGACUGUCCAGCGGUUGCAUUAGCAUUCCAGUGGGAACCCUUGAUCGAUUCAAAGGGGACUCCGAUUUCCAACUCAACAGAAGUACAAGAAUUGACGUUAUCGAAUGUGCUCGGAAUAACCUACCUGAUACAAACGCGCUCGAAGCUGCUCGCAAAAUCAAAUCAUUCGCGGAGGCUAUGACCGACGAUGAUGUUCUUUGUGUGUUAGUGUCCGGAGGAGGUUCUGCUUUGCUGCCACUGCCGAAACAUCCCGUAACUCUGAGCGAGAAAUUGUCUGUGAUAAAACUGUUGGCCUUAGCAGGGGCAACAAUUGAAGAGCUGAACGCAGUACGGAUUCAAUUGUCGGAUGUCAAAGGCGGAAAGCUGGCAUUAGCCGCCAAACAUUCGCACAAACUACUCAGUUUUGUAAUUUCGGAUAUUGUUGGGGAUCCAAUUUCACUGAUUGCGAGUGGUCCAACAGUUAAAGCUAGUAUUAGCAAUAAGGAGGCGUUACGGAUAUUGGAAAAGUAUCAGUUGAGUGAUAAGAUUCCCCAUUCUGUAGUUGAAAUGUUGAAUAAUGUUGAUAAAGAACUGGUGGAUGUUCCUGGUAAUGUUCAUCUUAUUGGAUCCAAUAAAAUUGCAAUCGACUGCCUCACCAGUGAAGCAUCUUCGUUAAAUCACAUUUCAGUUCUACCAUUAACAUCAUGUAUUGAAGGAAACGUAGAAUCUCUGAGCCAAAAAUACAUAGAAUUGAUUAUUUAUAUCAGACAAUUACAAGGAAGCUUUAUUCAAAAAUCAUGUUUCAUAGAAGCUGUUUCUGUGCUUGGGAAGUCACUACACUAUGAUAGUGAAAAGGCUACAGAAUUAGCUGAAACAAUUGGCAAUAACUUUGGGAAAGAUUUGCUUCUAGUUUCUGGAGGCGAACCAACCGUAAUUGUUCAAGGGAACGGAAAAGGCGGAAGGAAUCAAGAACUUGCUUUGAGAUUCAGUCAGAAGUGCUAUCAGAUGGAAGGACUUCAGGAUGUGCUCCUACUUUCAGCCGGCACGGAUGGAAUUGAUGGACCAACGGAUGCAGCUGGAGCAAUCGGAACCGCUGAUGUCGUGAAGCAGUUUUCUGCACUGGCCAGUGAAAAGUGUAUAGUGGACUUCAUCCAGGAGAACGAUUCAAACACACUCUACAAAUUGGUUGGGAGUGGGAAGUAUCAUAUUGUAACAGGCCAUACCGGAACGAAUGUCAUGGAUAUUCAUAUGUUGUACAUACCUUGGAAGAAAGAAUAAAAUAUAGAAUAUUUUGUGGUAAAUUGUA